AUGAUGAAAUCCGAGCCAGAAGCCUCCCCUGUUCCCGGCCCUCCCGGCGCCAUCACAAAGAAAUACGCGGACGCUCUUAAGAUCGCCAUGCAGUUUUUCGACGUGCAAAAAUCCGGGAAGCUCGAGAAAAACCCGAUACCCUGGAGAGGAGAUUCGGCCCUGAAAGACGGGAGUGAGUCGAAACUCGAUCUUUCCAAGGGAAUGUAUGAUGCCGGUGACCACAUGAAGUUCAAUUUCCCGAUGGCUUUCACGGCUACGAUUUUGUCGUGGGCCAUACUCGAGUACGGAGAUCAGAUGAAGGCGGUGGACCAAUUGGAACCUGCUCAAGACUCUCUCAGGUGGAUCACUGAUUACCUCAUUAAUUCACAUCCUUCGGAGAACGUUCUAUACAUUCAGGUGGGCAACCCUAAACUCGACCACUCGUGCUGGACCCGACCAGAGGACAUGACCGAGAGGCGGCCUCUCGUUCAGGUCAACGAGUCGGCUCCGGGCACUGAAGUCGCUGCCGAGAUGGCCGCCGCCCUCGGUUCGGCCUCCCUCGUCUUCAAGGCCGCGGACCCCACGUACUCGGGCAUGCUUCUGAAGCACGCGGUACAACUCUUCUCGUUCGCGGAUAAAAACCGAGGCUCCUAUAGCAAGAGCGUGCCCGAGGUACAAACGUACUACAACUCGACGGGCUAUGGGGACGAGCUCUUGUGGGCCGCGGGCUGGCUUUACCAUGCAACGAGCGAGGGCUCGUAUUUGGAGUAUGUGACCGGGAAAAACGGGGAAGAUUUUGCCAAUUGGGGUCGGCCCACUUGGUUUAGCUGGGACAACAAAUUGGCGGGAGCCGAGAAGCUGAAGAAUUAUAGGAAGUCUGCAGAGGCUGUGAUGUGCAAUCUUCUUCCAGAGUCUCCAUCUGCCACAUCUAGCAGAACAAAGAGUGGUUUAAUAUGGGUGAGCGAGUGGAACGCUUUGCAGCACCCAGUGGCAUCGGCUUUUCUAGCACUACUUUACAGUGAUUAUAUGCUCUCUUCUCGAACUCCAAAGAUUGUUUGUGAUGGAAACAAUUUCACGCCCAAAGACCUUCGAAAUUUUGCAGCCUCACAGGCCGAUUACGUUUUGGGCAACAACCCAAUGAAAAUGAGCUAUCUCGUGGGGUACGGUGACGUGUACCCAGAGCACGUGCACCACCGUGGGGCUUCUAUUCCGGCCCACGAGAAACCAAGCUGCAAGCAAGGCUUCAAGUGGCUCGACUCGAACGAGCCCAACCCUAAUGUGGCCACGGGUGCACUCGUUGGUGGGCCGUUUCUUAACGAGUCGUAUGUUGAUGUGAGGAACAAUUCGAUGCAAGGUGAGCCCACGACCUACAAUAGUGCCGUUUUUAUCGGGCUUCUUUCGGGCUUGGUGACUACAUCGUCCGUCGUGCAAUCGUUUUCCUAA